UAAAUGGCAGCUCUCAUUUGGGGUUGACACCUGAGUCAGGUGCCUUAUUAGUCAUUAGAACCAUGUGGCUAGGGGCCAGGUCUAGCCUUUGAGUGUGAGGAUUCAGGCUUCAAGCUUCCUCACUGCUGAAGAUGUUUAGGCAGAUGUACUAGCUCCACAGGUAUCCGCUUACUUGGGACAUGUAAGUGAAGAGGCAUGAACCUGGUUCAUUUCCUGAUCCACGGCUACUCCCCAGCCUGCCCCCACACAGAAGCACCACAAGCCAGGCCAGCUCUUAAGGAGUUCGGUGGUGAGAAGAGGCCCUCAGACAUCUGAGGCCCGGCGGAAGGCAGGUGCGUCCCGGUGAGCAGAAGCCACAACACGAGGAUUUGGGGAGGAGAGACCCCAGCCCUCCCUUCUGACUGUUCCCCCUAAGAGAGAUGGCACCAGCCAGAGCAGGAUUCUGCCCUCUGCUGCUGUUCCUGCUGCUGCGCCUGUGGAUGGCCGACAACCCAGUCGGUGCCAAGCCCAGAAACAUGACCUCAGCUCGGUGGUUUGAAACUCAGCACGUGCAGCCCAGGCCUCAGAGAUGCAACACGGCGAUGCAAAACAUCAACAAGUACUCCAAUCGCUGCAAAGGCCUCAACACCUUCGUGCGUGAAUCCUUCUCCGGUGUGGCCGCCACUUGUCAGACGCCCAGCAUAACCUGCAAGAGAGGCCGUAAAAACUGCCACCGGAGCCAGAAGCCUGUAUCCCUGACCAUGUGUAACCUCACCUCAGGGAGGUACCCAGACUGCAGGUACAAGGAGAAGCAACUGAGUGCUCCUUACAUCGUGGCCUGUGACCCUCCCCAGAAAGGGGACUCUAGGAAAUUCAAGCUGGUUCCUGUCCACCUGGACGAUGUCCUUUAGGUUUCCAGCCAGCCACGUGCUUGGGCCGCACCUUAAAUCCCUCUGCAGGCCUCUGGACCACUCCUCCUCAGCCCAGAAAGUUCUCUUCUGACAUCUCUUGGGGCCCUUCCUAGCUCAGGCUCCUCUGUGAGGGUGGGGCUGUGGGGAGUUGAGGUGAUACAUUAGUAGGCUAAACUCCAGAAGAGAUGGCGAUCUCUCAACUUUUCAUUGCUGUUUUUUCAUUAGCUUAGGGGUGUGGGUUCCUUGGUCUGUGCCUCCUACAUCUUUCCCCUACCCCAUCUUCUCACGGCAGCAUGACGAGAGGAGGAAAGAAAUGGAAAAGGAGUGUAGGGGAUUUAUGGCGAGAGCCACUCCUAUUCCUAAACUAGGCCUCUUCCCCAGCUCUGAUUGGCAGUGACGUGGCUUGUGGGCAGGGAGGUGGCCUGAAGGCAAGAAGACAAAGCAGCACCACUUCAUAUUUACAUAGCAUUUCAUGCUUUUCACAGUGUGUCCACGUGACUCCCUUGUGAGAUAGACAUGACUAGGAUUACUCAUCUUGUUUAGGGACGAGGAUGUUGAGAUUGCAGAAAGAGUUGUUAAUUAAAGAGCUUGUCAGGUUGGUUAGUAGCAGCAGCUGGACUUUAAAGUAGAAAGCGCAUUUUCUACUUUACCACUGGGCGGAAAAGGAGAGUCCUCUGCAGGGACCACAGGGGAACCAGGUAAGAUUUCACCAGUGAAACAAUGUCCCGAGAGCUCUGAAGAGCCAGUUACCCCAUGUUGGCUGCAGUAAAGGUCAUUACCUCUCUAGCCAAGGGA